GCUGCAUCCUGUUUGGGUGUUCACAGGGAAGUUGCUGGGUUUGCAAAGCAGUGAGUCCCCUAAGCUUGCUACAGUGCAAGCAGGCACAUUUUGCACAUUUUAAAGCUGAAGCAAACACAUUAUGGACUCUGAUGACAACCCACUUCUUUAUCCCUCAUUAUUUGAAGAUUGUGCAAAGGACCAUUUUAACACAGCAGACACUACAUCAAGAAGGCCCUUUCACAUUGACCCUUCAUAUAUUACCAAUGGGAACGAAAUCCCUCAAAGAGUUACAAUGCAAGCAUCUGCCAUGAACAAAAGGAUCCACUACUAUAGUAAACUCAGCUCUCCUUCAGAGAGAUCACUGGUUGCACCAGACCACGUGCUUCCAACACAAGAAGACACAUAUGUUUACAGUCCAUUGGGAACUGCUGUAAAAAUUGAUGGCGCAGACAGCACAGGAAAAAACUCCAGCCUUGUCACAAUAUUUAUGAUAUGGAACACUAUGAUGGGAACAUCGAUACUUAGUAUACCAUGGGGGAUAAAGCAGGCUGGUUUUACUUCUGGAGUUUGCAUUCUCCUGCUGAUGGGACUUAUAACUCUUUACUGCUGCUAUCGGAUUGUGAAAUCAAGAGGGGAAAUACCAUUCAUAAAUACAUCAAGCUGGGAGUUUCCGGAUGUUUGUCAAUACUAUUUUGGCUCUUUUGGGCAGUUUUCCAGCCUCUUAUUUUCUUUGGUAUCCCUUAUUGGAGCCAUGAUUGUCUACUGGGUACUGAUGUCUAAUUUCCUCUUCAACACGGGGAAAUUUAUUUAUAAUUACGUAAAUCAUAUCAAUGUUACUGAAGUGGUCUUAAGCACCAAUGGCAGCGACAAAGUUAUUUGCCCAAAUAUUAUAAUCCCAAACCACUCAAAUGACUCUAUGGAAGAUUAUUUUGCCAAUGGCACUGAGUUUCAGGAAUUUCAGACAUGGUGGAAUAAAACAGAUACAGUUCCGUUUUACCUCAUUGUUGUUUUGCUUCCUCUUCUGAACUUUCGCUCUCCAUCUUUCUUUGCCAAGUUUAAUGUUUUAGGAACAGUGUCUGUAGUGUACUUGCUAUCUCUUGUUACAUUUAAAGCUGUUCGUCAAGGAUUUCACAUACGUUUUCAAUGGAAUGGAGUAGAAGACUUUUUCGUACCUGAAUUUAGGACAUCAUUUCCCCAGCUUACUGGCAUCCUAACCCUUGCAUUCUUCAUCCACAAUUGUGUGAUCACCUUACUAAAGAACAACAAAAAGCCUGAAAAUAAUGUAAGAGAUCUUUCCAUUGCAUAUUUGCUAGUCGGAUUAACAUAUGUCUACGUUGGGAUCAUGGUGUUUGCGUCAUUUCCCUCCCCACCAUUGACAAAAGAAUGCAUUCAGCAGAACUUCCUGGAUAAUUUUCCGAGUAGUGAUAUCCUGGCAUUCGUUGCAAGAAUAUUUUUGCUUUUCCAAAUGAUGACUGUGUAUCCUCUGCUGGGUUAUCUUGUGAGAGUCCAGUUUCUCGGAUAUCUCUUUGGAAACUCUUAUCCAAGCAUAUUCCAUGUUCUUGCUCUAAACGUGGUUGUUGUCGGAUUUGGAGUGGUAAUGGCCAGGUUCUGCCCUAACAUCGGAAUGAUUAUUAGGUUUUCUGGAGCAGCAUGUGGACUUGCAUUUGUGUUUGUUUAUCCAUCUCUGAUCCAUAUGAUAGCACUUUAUAGAAGCGAAAAGUUGAAAUGGCCAUCAGCGAUUUUCCAUGUGUGCCUUAUAAUUUUAGGAGUGGCUAAUUUAGGUGCACAAUUUUUCAUGUGAAACUUUUUUUUUUUUUCUUAUAGCAUUGUUAUUUCAGGUUUUUGAUAUGACAACAAAGGGGAAAUCUGGAAACCAAAUAUUUUGGUUCUAUGUACUUUGCAACUACUGUGCACGAGUUUGAUCACGAUUAUCUGCAGAUUCUCUUGACUACUGUAGCUUUACAAUUGACAUGGUUACAAUUUGAAUAGAAAAAAGUGUGUGUAUGUGUAUAAAUAGGCAGUAUUUUAAGUAAUGUGCCAGUAUUGUGUUACAUUAUCUCUAAGCAUUUUCAAAUGGACAUAUGUAAAAUAUAUUUAGAUGAUAACUGUAAUAUAAACUUGUGUUUAUAUUUUAGUUUUUAAGAUGUAAGUAAUCAUAUUUAACUCCUUGAUCGUAAGUACCUGAGACUGGGUUAAUCUAUUCUUUAAAUGACAUUCCUUCAAGUUAAUAAUGUUUUGCUGAAGAACAAAAAUAAAAAGCUCUUAAGAGGAUUGAUUGCCAUUGAAGUCAAGGAGUCGCCAUUGCGUGCAGAUACAUGUUAAUUGUAAUGAGGAUCAAGAGAAAAGUUCAUUUGGACAACAUUCUCAGUUUGUGCCUUUCAGAUAAAGCAUGUCCCUUUUCUGGUCUAAGUAUAUUAACUUUGCUGUUAAAAAAAAAAAAAAAAAAAAAACACAAAACCAUGAAAACAAAGCCAUGGGUCAUUUUUACUAAGCCAAUAGAAAAAACAUUAAACUCCCAAACAUUACCAUUCCUUUUUUAAAGGAUCUUUAAAAUCAGUAGAGAUGCUAAAGACUCACGAAAUUAUAUUAAAACUAUUUUAUAAUUUGUUUUAGCUUUCUUAACCUUGGGUCUUUAAAACAUCCAACAAAUUGUCUUAUUUGGCAAACUGUGCAUUCUGUUUGUUGGUAUGACUUUGGUGUCUUGCCCUCUAAGAUAGGCAUAAGGGAGAGGUGAAACCACAAUCCUUGAUGGCUGCCGAAAUUAGUUUGGAGCCUACUUCUCAAAGAUUGAACACCAGGAAUCUUGCUUUACUUUUUAUCCACGUCUCAUCUUAGAGAGGCUUUGCUAUUAGCUGAUGAAUCAGAUCACUUUAUUACUUGAUCCUUAAUCGUUAAUGUCUUGUUAAUUGUCUGUGUCUAGCUAAUUAUGAAAAACAAAAAAAUAAGGCAUAAAGGGAAAGUAGUAAAUUUAGUCAAUAUACUAAUUUUGUAUGUUUUUUUUUCCUGUUUAACUUGGUAUUUGUGAUGGAGCUCGGUACUCCUGAGUAUAUUCCUCCUUUUUCAGUAGGACCUUUUUCAGUGAUUAGGGUGAAAAUAGAGUGUACUUUAUUCAAAUAUAUUCAUAUUUAAAAAAAAUUGGGGGGCGGUAUACCUUCAAACUGUAGCAAUCAAUACAAAUUAUUUGUAGGGACAA